AUCUCAAUCUAAUCUCAAAACGAGAUGGCAAGUAUCAUCUACAGUAGAUACAAGAAACAACAAAGUAUAUAUAUGGCCAUAUAUUACUUUUACUCUUUAGGAAUCUCUCACCAUCUUCACCACACUCUCUACAUCUUCCUCUCACCAUCCAACCUCCUUCCUCCUCUCCUCAUCCUCCUCUAGCAUACCCAUCUCCAUUCCUUCAUCCGCCUUGCUCCAGCUCUGGAGCCACUCAGGCACGGGGUCAUCUGUUGCUCUCAUCAGGGCCUCUGGUGUGCCAUUCUACAAAUUCUCUUAAGUCUUUCAUUGAUUAUUUUCCAUGUUUACAAACACCAGAACAGACUAUUUCAGGGCUGUUACAGUAGUGUAGUCGGUCUGGACUAGACAGAUACCCUUGAAAAUGAUGUUUGAACUGAAGAACUCAUCUAAGGCAUGUCACCCCCACAGCACUUACACAUAUGAAGGUUCCCAAUCAUUUCUCUCUAUUUUCAUUUUCAGCAUUUCAGUCUUCCACCAAUUGUAUUUACUUGAUUGUGCCAAUCUUCAGAUUGACGCUGCCACAAAUCAGGGAGAGAGACUGGGCAGGCGCUAAGAGUAUUCUCCAGCUGAUCAGAGAAAGCAGGAAGGAUUAGAGAGCAUCUCUGUAGCGACCAUCCUCAGCUGGAAGAAAAUGCAUUGAUUUAGUUUAGAAAGCUAAACAGAACAUUGUGAUCCUGUAUUUAUAAACAAAGCUUGUUUGGUCGUCUGUGUCAAGAGCGAGAGAGUGGAUUUAACGAAAACACCAGUUGCGUGAGAUAGAGCCCUGUCCCCUGCCACUAUCUCCUUCUCUGUUUACCAGAAAGUUCCACUCCGCUCCUGGCCACGGAACGGCCCUUUUCCAACUGCACUGCCAGAAGGAGACGCUGAGAAAAGCAACAGUUUCAGAGUCUGAGCUGGAUUCAAUGGUACCAGAGGGACUGGAGGAACUUGGGUGGAGGGGCUGGGGCAGGAGAGAAGGGCUUGGGGUGGAAGCUGUGAAGACAGGAGAGAGGGAACCAGAGCGGGAGGAGCAGCCUGAAGACGCCAACAUGCCUCCCAAGUUUAAACGACACCUCAACGAUGAAGAGGUCACCGGAUCCAUACGCAGCGAGAGGAGGAACCUGUUGGAGGAAGACUCUGAUGAAGAGGAGGACUUCUUCCUGAGGGGACCAACUGGACCCAGAUUUGGAGCCGGAAAUGACAAAAUCAGACAAGUUCAGUCGCAGGUUGAUGAGGUCAUCGAUGUGAUGCAGGAGAACAUCUCCAAGGUGAUCGACAGGGGAGAGAGACUGGAGGACCUGCAGGACAAGUCAGAGAGCCUAUCAGACAACGCGUCAGCCUUCAGCAGCCGAGCCAAGCAGCUGCACAGGAGGAUGUGGUGGAGAGACAUGAAGAUGAAGGCCAUCAUAGCUCUGGUGGUGGUCGUUCUGCUACUUAUCAUCAUCAUUCCAGUGAUCUUGCGGUAUCGCUAGUGUUUCGCCAGGAUGAGGAAGAAUCUCUCUCAAUCCUUCUCCUCCUCUUCCUUCCAUUCUCCUGCACAAAGUCCUCCACACCAGCUAGGGGGCACCAUCUGCCCAUAACCACAGAUCUAGGAUCAGCUCACCCUCUCCCAAUGCUAACCUUUAACGUUAGGAUGGAAAACACAAAACUGACCUAAGAUCAGUGUCUACUAGGGAUCACUUCAUCCUACUCUGUGAUCCAGGGCCAAGGGUGACACAGGAAGCAUUACGUUGGUGUUACGUAAGGGUUGGGUUUGCGUCCCAAAUGAUAUCUUAUUUAGGGAAUAGGGUGUCAUUUGAGAUACUGCCUGUGUCUCAGACACCUAAUCAAACUGAAGGAGAACUCCAUUCAGUACAUAAUACAUAUCAGCUAGUCAUUAAGGUUUAAUUUCAUAUCAUGCAGUCAGACUGAUUCUAAUGAUAGUGAGACUUUCAGUCAAUCUGUCUGCUCCAGUCAGUCCGUCAGCAGCUUAGAAACCGGUUAUACAGGACUUGCAGCACACCAAAAUAUUUGAAGAUUAAGAAUGGAACCCCUACCUCCACCUCCCAUCUCACAUGUUUAGAAUGCUUUCAAGCCAAAACUGAAAAUGAGGCAAUGGCUAAAUCUUAAUACACUACAGUGGCCUCCUCUACUUGUCUCCUUUCCUUUUCUUCACCCAGUUUGAUCUGACACUAGCGGGACUGGUUCAAGCCAGUGAGAGGAAGCCACUGUGGAGUAUUGGGACACCGUGUGUCCUACUGCCAUGUGUUACUGCUUGGCCACUGCUGAUCUCAUUUCCUGUUAGUAACACUAUGCUAGCUGUCGCUCUCCAGAUGGUUGAAUUUUAUUGUUUCUGUGAUAUUGAGUUCUGUUGGAAGGUCAACGUGAAGCUUAUGAAUGUCUGCUGCUAUUCCCAUUACCCCUGAGGAGCUAAGGGACAGACAAUGUUCAUUCCACUGCAAAUGCUGGAGGCGUCUGGUACCACUUGUUUAUUCUGUGUGUGUGCGUAAGUGCGUGCGUAAGUGCGCGUGUGUGAUUUUCCCAGUCUGCCCUGUACUGAGAUUGCGUGCCCCCGGUUUCCAAACAUGCACGGCUUGUGAUGCGGGUCACCAGUACUGCCACACCACAGCAGCAUAACAUUUGAUUAACACUUGAUUUAAAUCAGUAAUAUUCAGUCUGGUUGGCUGAUGGUUCGGUCUGGUUUGCUUAUUUCCUUAUAAAAUCAUAGACUUCGGAAGUUGCUGCAGCACCCCUGAUAAAUUGAAAUAAAUAUGCCAGAGAUAUAGAAUUACAGCUGUCUGUUCAGAAAGAAAUGAAGUCAUUCAGAAUAGUCUACUACACCAUGAGUAGGCCUGUCAUUUAGCCACAGAGGAUCAAUAGAUUUUUUUUUUUAAUAGCCUAGCUCUGGAUUGUAGCCCAAUAACAAGGUAUAGGCUACAGCCAGGAAUGCGCUGCAAAUCUACCAGUAAACAUCAUGCAGACAAAACAGGCCUUUCGCAAUAUUUAAAAUGCAGUUGCAGGAAAACACAGAUUGGAUAGCAAAUGGCUCCUGCUGAAAAGAGAAGACUAAUCUGUCUGCUGUAGGAUACCAAAAUAUUUGAGCAACUUCCAAAAAGGCGAUCAAGUGGCCAUUGUUUACAGGUUAGAGAUAGGCUUUUGGCAUGAGCGCAUUAGCCAUUGCGACUAGUGAGCUGUGCAUUAUUGCUCAUUGGGUAAGUCAGUGAAACUGGAAAGCUUUUUUAAGACUAAUUUCCUCCUCAUAUUGUACAAUAUGUGUGUCUCCACACACCUAGGCCUAGGCUAUUGAUGGAUUCAAUACGUUUUUAAUGAUUUCAGUGUCAAAGUAGCCUGUCAUUUUGAUCAUUUUUGCGGUAUUAAAAAAGAUUCUGCUAAAGUCUGCAGUCAUGUAAAAUGACGUAGAAUUGCAUGAAAUGCAUUUACAAAAGGCCCAAUUUCUCACGACUCUACUGCUCUAUUCCACUACGCAAAUGCGAUGAUAUGCAUGCAAUGCUUUAUUACACUGAACAAAAAUAUAAAUUCAACAUGCAUACAUUUCAGUUCAUAGUUCAUGUAAGGAAAUCAGUCAAUUUAAAUAAAUUCAUUAGGCCCUAAUCUAUGGAUUUCACAUGACCGGGAAUAUAGAUAUGAAUCUGUUGGUUUUUGAUACCUUUUUUAAAAAUGUUGUAUACAUUUUGUUAAUUUCCACCCCCCCCUUUUUCUCCCCAAUUGUCAUGAUUACAAACGUAUCUCAUCACUGCAACUCCCCAAUGGGUUCGGGAGCGGCGAAGGUCGAGUCAUGUGUCCUCCGAAACGUGACCCGCCAAACUGUGUGUCUUAACACCCGCCCGCUUAGCCCGGAAGCCAGCUGCACUAAUGUCGGAGGAAACACCGUUCAACUGACGACCGAGUCAGCCUGCAGGCACCUGGCUCACCACAAGGAAUCGCUAGAGCUCGAUGAGCCAAGUAAAGUCCCCCCGUCCAAACCCGGACAGCGCUGGGCCAAUUGUGCACCGCCCUAUGGGACUCCCGGUCACUGCCGGUAAUGACACAUUGAACCCCAGGCUGUAGUGACGCUGCAACACUGCGAUGCAGUGCCUUAGACCGCUGCGCAACUCGGGAGGACCCCACAGAUACCUUUUUUAAAAAGGAAAGGACGUGGAUCAGAAAACCAGUCAGUAUCUGGUGUGACCACUAUUUGCCUCAUGCAGCACGACACAAUUCCUUUACAUAGAGUUGAUCAGGCUGUUGAUUGUGGCCUGUGGAAUUUAGUCCCACUUCAAUGGCUGCGCGAAUUUUCUGGAUAUUGGCUAGAACUGGAAGACGCUGUUGCACACGUUGAUCCAGAGCAUCCCAAACAUGCUCAAUGGGUGACAUGUCUGGUGACUAUACAGGCCGUGGAAGAACUGGGACAUUUUCAGCUUCCAAGAAUUGUGUACAGAUCCUUGCGACAUGGGGCUGUGCAUUAUCAUGCUGAAACAUGAGGUGAUGGCGGCGGAUGAAUGGCACGACAAUGGGCCUCAGGAUCUCGUCA